AUGGGCGACUCGCAACGAUCUACCCAGUCCAUCGGAGCCAUCUCCGAUGACAAACCUCACGUAGUCGAUGGGCCCAAGGCCCAUCGCCGCUUCGGCUGGAAGAAGUGGGCAAUUGCCAUAGUUGCCCUCGUCGUAAUACUGGCACUGGCACUGGGUCUGGGGCUUGGACUAGGGCUCCGUAACAACGGCGGCGGUGACGAGGGCGACAACGGCAGUGGGAAUGGCGGCGAGCCAACCGGCCCAGGGAACAGCACAUUCCCCACCCCCACGAGCAACCUGACGCUGGGCUCCCAGUGGCAGAUCGUGCUCAGCGAGACCCUCUCGGUCGACGACAACGGCCAGGUCUCCCCUAGCAACACGAGCAACCCAGGCGUGUCUGUCUACGACAUCGACAUGUUCCUCCACCAGAACCUGACCGUCGUCCGCGACCUGCAGGAGCUCAACAUGACAGUCAUCUGCUACUUUAGUGCCGGGUCCUACGAGCCCAACCGGCCCGACUCGUGGAGGUUCCAGGACGAUGACAAGGGCAAGGAGCUGGACGGCUGGCCUGGCGAGUACUGGCUCAAGCUGACCAGCCAGAACGUGCGCGACAUCAUGACGGACCGCAUCGCCAUCGCUGCCGACAUGGGCUGCAACGCAAUCGACCCGGACAACGUGGACGGGUACGACAACGAGAACGGGCUCGACCUGAGCGAGGAAGACUCGAUCGACUUCAUGCGCUUCUUGGCCAAGGAGGCCGCGAACAAGGGCAUGAUCACCGGGCUCAAGAACGCUGCCGCCAUCAUCGACAGCGUCAUCGAUGUUGUCCACUUCUCGGUGAACGAGCAGUGCGUGCAGUACGAUGAGUGUGCUGACUUCGCGGCCUUCCCCAACAACGACAAGCCCGUCUUCAACAUCGAGUACCCGGCUGGUGACGGCGACACGGACGUCAAGGCGUUCGCAACCAACACCGUGGACAAGAGUUGUGACAAGGGCACCAGUAAUAACGGAGAGGGCUUCAAUACGGUUCUAAAGUACAUGAACCUCAGUGGGUGGGUCCAGUAUUGCAACGGCGACACAUAUACAACCGAUGGGCAGUAA